UGAAGACAUACGUGCUGUCAGUCAGCUGUGACUCUGAGGCUUGUCACUGUGACAUAUAUGCCAACACGUGGGCAGACAGAGGAGACUGAGUGCUGGUAAAUAUGGCAUGUCUGGAGGUACCACCAGACCACAAAGGCUUUCCUGGAGACAUGGAGCAGAUUAGACAUAUUAUUUUUCCAGAAGAAGGGCAGACUACUGACCCCAUGGUGACAUUUACACAAGGGUCAAGAGUGAUACCAAUUGAUGUUCUUGAAGAAGGGAAGACUGGCCUUGUAGAAAAUACAAUGCUGAUUGUGGGUCCUGACGGACGAGAAGGGCCCCAUUAUCAUGAAGGGCCAAAUGAUCGAAAAAAGUCCUGCAAUCUAAAAGCAGCUUGUGAGCACGAAAGAAUUCUUGACCAAUUAAGAACAAAGAUGAACUACAAGUGUGCCAUGGUGAAUAAAGCAUUGCAGAAUAUGGCUGAACAUAUGGAGAGUCUGGCAAAUAAAAUUGAGAAACUGAAGACUGAAGUUGAGAAGCAGGUUCUUGAGACUAAAGAACGUCAAACUGAAACUGAGGAGAUUGCUUUGGAGAAAAAAGAACUUGAAAGAGAACUACUGAAGGCAAAGACAGCAGCUGAAUAUUAUGAGAAGAAGUUUAAGGAUGUGUCAAAAAAGCACAAUGAAACAAUUGAAAUUGUUGAACAGGACUGGUUCCAUCAUCAAGAGAGUUCUCAUGAAGACAGUGAACAGAUGAGUGAUGCUUCGGGUCCUGAAGAAGGCCACCUUGCAGAUCUGAAAGAGACCUUUACUUUACCAGUGCUGCUGGACCUUAUUGCAGCUUUUGAUACCGUGGACCAUGGAGUUCAAUUAAAACAGCUCGAGUAUGAAGUUGGUAUUCAAAGAUGUGCACUGAAAUGGUUUGCGUCCUACUUGAAUGGUAGAUCUAUGUCGGUAAACACAGGCUCAUCGAUGACAAAAAUUCGUUAUGAUGUCAAGAAUCUGGGUGUCAUCCUUGAUUCGUGUUUGAGCUUUGACAAACAAGUCUCUGUGGUAGUAAAAUCCAGCUAA